CAUUGUUAUUAUAAAAAAUAUUGAUUAUAGCUGCUUUAAACAGAUGGACACUGGACGUUUGUUCCCAGAUGGAAAGUGAGUCCUCAGAUUUUUGUCUUCACAACAUGAUAAAUACGAAGCAAACACACAGCCUCAUAAACACACAUAUCUAACAGCUGCUGCAUCACACUGAACCCUUCUCAGACUCUCAUAUUGCUUUGCAAUAUUCUUGAAGCACAACACAUAAACUAAUAAUAUGUGCAGCUUAAUCCCAGUAUCUCUCUCUCUCUGCACAGGUGCUGCUGUCUACAGGAAGUUCAUUGUUGGUGGUCUGGUGGAAAAGCCAAAGGCACCGUCUGUCAUCGAUCGACCUCUGCAAGGCUGAGAGCGCAGGUUCAGAUCUGCUCCCAUGCGGCAGCGUGCAGCUCUGCGCCGCUGCUGCGUCUUUGCGCUGCGCUCCGUCUCUGCCUUUUUCAGGGGAGGAGCGCACCUUGUUUGGCUCAGUCGAGUCCCGGCUCUGCUGCGCGCGUAAUGCGGACCACCUCACGCACCGGAGAGACACCGGACAACAUUCAUAUGUGCAAACUGCAAACUAGCGGUUCAGUUCAUGGAUGGUUGCCGGCUCUGGGAAUUAACAAGGAACUGAUUUCUCAUCAUCGAAGACUCUUGGAGAUACUUUGGUGUGCGUACUUUUGCAAAGUGAGGAAAGCUUGAAAAAAAAAACCCAUUAUUGCACAGUAUGUUCAUCUCUGGAAGCUCGUGGUUGAAAUGGAUUCCCACAUUACUUCACUUCGGUGUGUUCCUGCAGCUGGCGGUGUGGGAAACGACGGAGGCCAUCCACCCAGACUGCGCUCUGGUGGUUCAGCACAAGAUGGCUCAGGAAGAAUGCAACCGGCUCCUCAAACAGGAGGAGAACAACCACUCCAACAGGACAGGUUGUCCGACACUGUGGGACGAGAUUCGCUGCUGGUACCGUGCUGAGGUGGGACAGGUGGUCAGCGUCUCGUGUGCUAAUAUCUCACAGCUGUUUGCAGCAUACAGUUACGUCUAUAGGAACUGCACCGAAGAUGGAUGGUCCGACAUCUACCCGGCGUACGAGGAGGCCUGCGAGUUUGUGGAAGAUGAGGAGACAGAGCCAGAGACAACAUACUUCUCCAACUUCAAACAGGUGUAUACGGCUGGCUACGCCACCUCCCUCAUCUCUCUCAUAUCUGCCAUUUUUGUCUUCACUGUGUUCAGGAAGUUUCACUGCACCAGGAACUACAUCCACAUCAACCUGUUCUUCUCUUUCAUCCUGAGAGCGAGCGCUGUCUUCAUUAAAGAUGGAGUUCUCUUCUCUGAUGAAAACCUGGACCACUGCUUCAUGUCUACGACAUCCUGUAAAUCAGCAGUGGCUUUCUUCCAGUUCAGCAUCCUGGCCAACUACUUCUGGCUGCUGGUGGAGGGCAUGUACCUGCAGACACUGUUGGCGCUCACCUUUGUUUUCCAGAAGAAGUAUUUCUGGUGGUACAUACUCAUCGGCUGGGGUGGGUGCCCCACUGAUCAUGAUCCUUUUCUGUUUCCCUUCAUUUUCUUUCUUCCUGCCCGCCCCAGUCUCUUGUUAGAGAAAAGCUCUUCUUUGACUCUAAUGAUCAGGUCACUCUGUUUGUGCCCACCAGGUCUCCCAACUACAAUCAUAACGGCGUGGAUCCUGACUCGAAACUUCUAUGAUAACAAGGGCUGCUGGGACGACACAGAUGUGGCUUUUAUCUGGUGGAUCAUAAAAGCUCCAAUAACUGCAUCAUUACUGGUGAACUUCAUCAUCUUCAUCAAUGUGAUCCGUAUUCUGGUGCAGAAGCUGAGAUCUCCUGGUGUUGGUGGCAACGAUACCAGUCACUUCAAGAGACUGGCCAAAUCCACUCUGCUUCUCAUUCCUCUGUUCGGGAUGCACUACAUGGUGUUUGCCUUCCUGCCAGAAAACACCGGAGCAGAGGCCCGGAUCUUCAUAGAGCUAGGUCUGGGAUCCUUUCAGGGAUUCGUUGUGGCCCUGCUCUACUGUUUCCUAAAUGGUGAGGUGCAAGCAGAGCUGAAGAAGAGGUUUUGGAAGUGGCAGACUCAGAGCUACCUGAGCUACAGUAAACGGCGCCGUACAUUGUUCACUGACAGCAGCACGGUCACUCAGAUAUCUGUCCUGGACAAAUCCAGCCCCAAAGAUCAGCCAGUCUCAGAGACGCAAGCCCUCACAAACACGCUAACACCCAACAAUGUCUCCACAGUCUGAGAAACGUUCGACGAUGCGGCGAUGUUCGCGUACUUUAUUACCAAACCUACUUCAAGUCUGGAUAACAUCCUGAGCGAGUGACUAAACCACAGAGCCUGAUUGUUGAAUGUUAAGGUACCUCUUAACUUUGUACGGUACAAGUUGAUUUGCAGAAUCCCACACAAAUUUAAUUAACUUUUAAAACUUUCCCCAAAUGUCACCAAUUAUUCUUCAACUUACAGGCUAGUGUGGGCAGAAAGAAAGGUCAAAUUACUCAUGAUUCAAAUGACUCUACCAGCUCUCGGAUAAAUGUUUAUCUUUUGUCUGACAUAUACACUGAUGAAUGCAACCUGAACUUACUACAUUUUAUGUGUUUUAAGUAUCAGAGAUCAGAAUUUAAUUGUCAUGUCAACAAAGACAAUAAUUAUUUUGUAAUCCAGGGCCGGCGUUAAGCCUUUUGGGGUCUCAAGGCAAGAUUUUGCUUUGGAGGACCUCCCCUACAUCUUACACACAACCACCAGAUCCACUGCCACCUUUUUACAAAAGCACUGAUAUCACAAGUACACAGUGAAUAUGGCUUCAAAGCAUUGUCUUUACAAUAAUCAAUAGUAUCUCACUGUAAAUAAGAACUAUGAUUAAUUCCUCCGGUGUAAGCCAUCACUGCUGUCUCUUGUGAUAAAAUAUUGUGUUUGUGUUGUUUUUGUUCAUAUAUUCACAUCCUGAGCUGCUCAUAAAGGACAAAAAAAUGCAUGGAAAUGCAUCAACAAAUUAUAUUUUCUACUGCAGAAGUAGAGGUAGGAAAAGAUGGUCAGAAAUCUUUUGUAGAUCCAUUCGUUUUCAAGAUUUAAAUGAAUUUUGCCACAGAAAGAGGCUGCACAGGUAGGGAGUAAUGCACAGUAUCCCUUACAAUUUCACCCCCCAUUGUGCAGGCACCAACCAAUAUGAGUCACAUGAUCCCUCACUGACUUCCCACCCACAAGACAAAUAUGGUCAAUUGUGUUUUUUGGAAGACAUGACCAAGCAGGAGGUAUUGCUAGUGGGAAUAAAACCACAGUCUCUACAAAGCUUUACCCCCUGCAUCACCUGUGGGCCAAUUUGUAAGCCUUAAUUGUCUUUUAUGAGCAGUCAAUGCAGAUUUUAAUCUAGUAAAUCCAUAGUUGAUUAAGGGUGUUUUCAGACCUUCACUGUUUAGUCCGGUUGAAUCGGACUCUGGUUCGUUUUCCCUCAUUGUGCAAAUUUGUUGGGCAGGUCUGAACACAGCAGCUGUACUCAGGUGCAGACCAAAACUUAGACUUUGAAAUCUUUAAUGUUCUGCAAGAUGCAAUUUGUGAUACAGGGCAGAACAUAUAGACAUGUUAAAAGCACAUCAGAUAAACAAAAACAACAAUAGUCCAAGAUCAUGUAUAGCAGCCAUCAUAAGUAUCAGUUCAGUCCAGACUGCACAUCCCCCAUGUAUCCAUGAAUAUCACAUCCGAGACCUUUUGAGGAUGUGGUUUUGGUCCAGUCCCAAAAAAUUCUAGAGCGGUUUGUUUGUGGUGGGAAUGUGAUACGACCACAAUAUGACGCAGGUGCACUUUGCAUGCUGGGAUGCGGAUGAGCAAAUUUAACAGUUGCUAUAACUAUAUGGAGAAUCAAUUCAGAUUGGACCUGCUCUAACAAUGAAGUACGUUGCAUUUGGCCCGAGUAGCUUCUUCAGCACCUUCCUCCUGUGUUUAAUGGCCCAAACACAUUUGACCAAUGAGAGGAGAGAAUGUCCUCAGCUGGCUUUUAGUGAUACAUUUUGGUUCGCUUGGUUUUUUCUCUGUUAAAAGAAACCAAACCGAGUUUACCAACUCUUCCACUGAUUUGGACCAGAGAAAAUGAACUAUAGGUUUGAAAACACACAAAGAUUAUCAACCACCAAUUUGUCCAUUAAUGCCAUGAAAUUACAUCUUAUUCGUACGUUGACAAAUGAAAAUCUUUAAUCACUUCACAUGCAUUUACUGAUUCUCAGUUUUGUACAUUUGUAUUUAUUUUUUAUACAUUUACCCAGUGGAUUUGUGUCAUUUACAGUAUUAGUGUUUGGACUUUGCUCACCAUGACGUCCGUGUUAUUUCUGCUGUUACUGAUUCAGUGCCACUCGGCCUCUUGAAUGUUGGGCGUCCCAAUAUUAUGAUAAUAUUUCAGAGAGAAUUCUUAUGAAACUUAUGAAACUUUAUUGUUUAAAGGGAACGUGCCCGUGUUACCAGUGGCUCUGCAUGCAACAUGUUGCACAGUGCACUAGCACACAUCUGGAGCACUAGACUGUAAAAGCUAUUUAUUUGUCAGAUAAUUUGUUUUUAUGUCUUUGUGUGAAUGUAAAUACACUUGAACUACAAUUUACAUGUGUUUUAUGAAAACAGUAUAGUUCCUCAACCAGAUGUACAAACUGUUACCAAAUUAAAUACUGUAAAAAAAUAUAAUAACUUACUUUGAAAUUGAUAAGUGUUUAUAUUUAACAUAUUUUUUGUAUCAUACAUGUUAGUUUUAUUCUUAUAUGCUGUAAAAUUGCAAAAUGUGGAGAAAAUUAUAUUGUAAAUUUCCCUGUUUGAAACUGUACCAUAGAUUUAGUGUCCAGUUACUGAUUUCUGUGCUAAUGCUAAUGCUCAUCAGAAUUUGUUUCAUCCAAGGAAUCAUUAUUGAGGACUAGAUGAGCUGUUUUCAGGCUGCUUUGUAUCUCUGUUUUAUUAUUUCUCUCUGUUUUUACUUUUUGGGCAGUUGUACACUGUAAAAGCGUAUAUAUAUAUAUAUAUACAGUCAACCCAGUCUCAUGACAGUUUGUGAAAUAGUCAGGAAAUUUAAUCCACAGUGUAGAUUCAUGUACAUGGACACAAAUUUCACAAUUUUUUUCUUUCUAUUUGUGACACUCGACACUAAUGUAUUUCAAUUGGAAGUAUGUUUCGUUUCUGUCAGAUGGGACUCAGGAGUACAGAAGUUGUAUUGUUUUUUCUCAUUUGUUAUUAAUUUUUCUAACUAUAACCGCUACAUGACUCAACAUUUAAUCACAUGAUUUUGUCCUUGUUUUUAUGCAUCAGUCCAGUGGGCAGACUGGAGGACCCGCUGCCGGGAAGAAUUUUUCUCAAGAAUUUGUCAUUUUUAAUGACAUGAGAAAUGUUGAUAUGAUGUCAACAUUUCUCAAUACAAAAGUGUCCUUGAUAACUCAACAAUACGAUAGGUUAAUGUUAUGACUAUCUGUUUUAACUAUUUCAUCUUCGAUCCUGUGAAAUCAACUUUUUUUGUCAGUUUUUGAUGGCGGAAGGCCAGGGAAGGGCGUUGUGUUAUGGGUGGACUUGGUGCAUUCAGCUACUGUUUUGGAUUGUCUGCCAUCAGUGGGAUUCAUUCCAUUUCAAAUUGCCACCAGUCGGCCACAUCCCAAAUCUAAACGUGGCUAUCUAUGUUAAGAGGAGGUGUUUUAUAUCCUGUUAUUGUAAAAUGGGAAGUUGCUCAUUUAAUUUUACUGUAUGUCAUUCUGACAUAAAAUCCAAAAACCAAGAAUAAUAGAGAUACAAAAAAAUCUCCAGGCUUGUGUAAAUAGUAACCUAUACAUUAAUGAGAACAGGUUGGUCUUUUCAGCCCUAAUCCUAACCCUAACCCUAACCCUACGCCUAACCCUAACCCUAAC